GGUUGCGUGUCGUUGCAAAGCUCACCAAACCCGCUCAAGACGGCCGGAACAUUUCUCUCGAUAUUUUCGGCCACCGGUUUGUGUACUGUUUCGGGAACAAAGUGCCCAGACUAAAGAUCCGGACACAGUUUCGGACUAUUUGGAACACACUUCGAACGACACGACCGCCGGCCGCCGCCGAAGCUCCGAACAUUUGCGAUGCACACGGUAAUGACCCGCGGUAACGCCAUCCUGGCGUACUCGCUCAGUGUGCUGUCCUUCCUCACGUUCUGCUGCUUCGCCUCGACGUUCUUCUACGACUAUCGCACGGACGCCAAAAUUAACACCGUCAAAGUGUUGGUCAAAAACGUGCCAGACUUCAGUGCGUCGCGGGAGAAAAAUGACCUCGGGUUCAUCACGUUCGAUCUGGGCACCGAUCUGAACCCGCUCUUCAACUGGAACGUGAAGCAGCUGUUCCUGUACCUGACCGCGGAGUACACCACCGAGCAGAACACGCUCAACCAGGUGGUGCUGUGGGACAGGAUUAUCCUGCGGGGCGAGAACGCCAAUCUGGACAUGAAAAACAUGAACACAAAGUAUUACUUCUGGGACGACGGCAACGGUUUGAAGGGACAUCAAAACGUGACGCUCACCCUCUCGUGGAACAUCAUUCCGAACGCCGGUCUGCUGCCGAGUGUGUUCUCACACGGGCAGCAUUCGUUUAAGUUUCCCGAAGGCUACAUCGCGUCCCCAGUUUAGUCGCCGCGGCCCGUCGUCGUCCGCGCCGGCUCCGCCACACCGGUACGUGGUCAGUGAAUAUUUGCGACGGCGGCGCGAAGAAGAACGCGAGGCCGACGAGCUCGCCCAGGUCAUACCCGCCGCCACUAGCUCGAUUGUGCUGUCGGUCUUCAACAUAUUUCAAUGCGAUCGCUAGCCGGAUGAUAGAACAGAAGUCAAACAGAGGAAAAAACAAAACAACGCAAAAUGAUGCAAGCAUUUGCAAUAAAAAGUGGACA